CAGGGCCGGAGUUGUCUGGAGCCUCCUGCCGCUCCCAGCCAGCCCUCAUCCCUCUCCAUCCUUCCCUCCCCCGCCUGCCGCGGCACCGGUAGCCGCAGCCGCAGCCCGGAGCCGGUGAGGCGGCGAAGGGGGAGGGGGAGGAAGCAAGGGAUGAGCGCCGGGAGGCCGUCGGGGGCCCUGAGCCGGACUAGGACGCCCCUGGAGCCGAAACCCGAGCAGGAGCCAGAACCGAACCACCGCUGCAGCCCCCUCCCCCCAGGAGGCGCCCUGGCACGUGCUCGCCCCCCAGGGCCUCAUGUCGGAACCACAGCCUGACCUGGAGCCGCCCCAGCAUGAGCUAUACAUGCUCUUCCUGCUUGUGCUGGUCUUCUUCCUCAUGGGCCUCGUAGGCUUCAUGAUUUGCCACGUGCUCAAGAAGAAGGGCUACCGCUGCCGCACAUCGAGGGGCUCGGAGCCUGACGACGCCCAGCUCCAGCCCCCUGAGGAGGAUGACAUGAAUGAGGACACAGUAGAGAGGAUUGUUCGCUGCAUCAUCCAAAAUGAAGCCAAUGCUGAGGCCUUGAAGGAGAUGCUGGGGGACAGUGAAGGAGAAGGGACAGUGCAGCUGUCCAGCGUGGAUGCCACCUCCAGCCUGCAAGAUGGAGCCCCCUCCCACCAUCACACAGUGCAUCUGGGCUCUGCAGCCCCUUGCAUCCAUUGCAGCCGCAGCAAGAGGCCCCCGCUUGUUUGUCAGGGCCGCUCCAAGGAAGGAAAGAGCCGCCCCCGGCCUGGGGAGACCACCGUGUUCUCAGUGGGCAGGUUUCGGGUGACACACAUUGAGAAACGCCAUGGGCUGCAUGAGCAUCGUGAUGGCUCCCCCACAGAUAGGAGCUGGGGCUCUAGUGGGGGGCAGGACCCAGGGGGCAGUCAGGGGUCUGGAGGAGGGCAGCCCAGGGCUGCCAUGGAUAGGCUGCCCUCUGACAGGCCACAGCCCCAGGUCCUAGCCAGCCCCCCAGUGGAGAAUGGAGGACUCAGGGACAGCAGCAUAGUCCCUUGUGUACUUGAGGGGAACCCUGGAGCCUCUGUAGAGCAGGUGCUGGGGGCCAGAGGCAGGGGUCCAAGCCCGGGGCUGCACAGUCAACAUGCAAAUGUACAGCCAACCAAACUGGACACCUCAGAUCACCAGGUGUCCCCACCACGGGGAGCAGGGGAUGUGUGAGCCUCAUUCUUCGCGGCUGCUGAACGGACUACCAGCUGGCAAAGCCAGGGGCGGGUGGGCAUGAAGCCCCUCCUCCCCACUGGGCAGAACUGCCCCUAGCUGAGGGACCAGCCUUACUUCUACCUGGAGUUGCACGGUCUCAAGCUGGGGGACCUCAGGAGACAUACCCCAUAACAUACCCCUCAAUCUCUUCCCAUUCCAUUGCCUGCCAACAGGCCACCUGACCUGCCUUCCUCAACACCUCACUCCAUAUGCUAGAGCGUGGCAGCUGGGAGCAGGCCCCUGCCUUUGGUGGGCCCUUAAAGCAAUAGCACCUUAGGCCCCCUGCCCUCUUGGUGCAAGAGGCCCAGGCCUUGGCUUGGGCUUCCUGCCCUUUAUUCACCACUGUCAAUAAAUCCGCUCAGACCAUUA